AUGAGCAAUCGUACGAGCAGCACUUUAAGUACUAUCAGUACUGAAUCUGUUGCUACAACUGAUACUCCUCAGUGCUCCAACAUCUCAGAAUCAAGCAACAUCCCUUCUUCGAUGAAAAUAAGAGUCAGCAUCCAGGGCUGCAGAGUAUCCGGGGCGAGAUGCAUCGUAUGUAAGAAGGCUAAGAAACUGACUCGUAUUUCUCCUAUGGCGAGAACACAAAUAUUCAUAGACAAAGGUAUAAUUAUUCCGCCAGAUACUCGAUGUUGUAGAAGACACUUGGAAAAUGGUUUUUUCAGUAAAACAGCAACAAAUGAUAUCGAAGUAAAGUCAAACUAUUCGAUUCUAGAUGAUAAAACUCUUUGUGGUUUGUUAGAAAACUUGCGUUCCGUUGCUUCUCGGAAAGGACUCGAUUUUGAUUAUCCACCUGCACUUACUGAUGACGAUUAUUAUAAUCUGACUGGGUUGAAGAAAGAUCAAUUCGAUUCCGUUCUUGCUUCAAUCUCUGGUCAUAUUAGAUCUACAUCUGGACGUUCUCCUCGGACUUGUCUUGCCUUGCUUUUGACGAAACUACGUACUGGUCUUUCGCUUUCAGUUUUGUCUACCUUAUUCGCUCUCCAAAAGAGGAGAGUUGGUAGAGCGAUAGCUGCAGCUCGUACUGCUCUCCUUUCAAUGUUUGUCCCGAACUUUUUGGGAACAAAUCAUAUCUCUCGAGAAGAUUUCAUCACAAAGCAUACGAGAACCAUGGCUAAAACGCUCUUCGCGGGUGGAGAGGAUGUCUGUAUCCUUGUAGCCGACGGUACGUAUAUGUAUAUAGAGAAAAGUUCUAAUUACAAGUUCCAGAGACGAACUUUCUCACUCCACAAAGGACGUCCGCUAGUGAAAUCCAUGAUUCUCGUAAGUUCAACAGGAUACAUCUUAGAAGUUUUCGGACCUUACUUCGCGGAUGGUAAAAAUAAUGAUGCAAACAUUUUGACCAGCAUAAUGCGAUUUGACGCGAGUAGGCUCCGAUCUUGGUUGCAACCUAACGAUGUUUUGGUGGUGGACCGUGGUUUCAGAGAUUGCCUCGAGAUGCUGCAAGAUCUAGGUCUCAUAACUAAAAUGCCCCAUUUCCUCCGAGAAGGUUCGCAACAUACUACAUCUGAGGCCAAUGAAUCACGCCUCGUGACUAAAAUACGCUGA